GGAACAGUACGAAAACUUCAAAAUCCCGGAAAAGGAAACGAAACAAGGAAGAAAAAGCACACCAAGAAAACCAGUGAGGAAACACGCUCUCAUCUGUUCCAGUGUUUGUCGGUUUCUUUCUUUGUUUUCCUGUCACUCUCCCAGCGGAAUCUCUAAUAUCUAAAAGAGAGGGUUGAUCAACUUGAUCCCACCUGGGUUUUCUGUUCUCUGUUCUCUGCUAUUUGGGUUCAGAGUCUCAGCUACUUGAGAAACUGAAGGAAGAGAAAAGGAGUGAAGUGGAGGAAGAAACAGGGAACAAAGUGAUAGAAUAAGGGGAAUGGGUGUUCUGUACGAGGAUGCGGUGGUCUUUAGUGAGGCAGAGAAGGCAGGGGAGCCCACUGUGAUUACUGUGAAUUGUCCGGACAAGACUGGGUUGGGGUGUGACUUGUGCAGGGUUAUAUUGCUUUUUGGCCUUAGCAUUUCCAGAGCAGAUAUUUCAACGGAUGGGAAAUGGUGCUUCAUAGUCUUAUGGGUGGUGGGUAAACCAACAACAAGGUGGAUCUUGUUGAAGAAAAGGCUUUUGGAGGUGUGUCCAUCGUAUUUUUCAACGUCAGGAAUGGACUACUACCAGAGGCAAAGUCAGCAAUCCAGGCAACCACCAGAUGUGUUCCUCUUGAAAUUCUGGUGUUCCUAUGAUAGGAAGGGUCUAUUGCAUGAUGUAACUGAGGUUCUCUGCGAGCUGGAACUAACAAUAAAGAGAGUGAAGGUAUCCACUGCCCCAGAUGGGAGAGUUAUGGACCUCUUUUUCAUAACAGAUACCAGAGAACUUCUACAUACAAAAAGGAGGCAGGAGGAGACAAUCCAUUAUUUGAAAGCUACACUAAGAGAUACCAUCAUAAGUUGUGAGAUUGAAUUGGCUGGCCCAGAAAUUACUGCGUGUUCACAGGAUUCUCCAUUUCUUCCUUCUGCAAUAACUGAAGAUAUGUUCGGUUUGGAGCUGCCGAAUGGACGCCCAAGUGGAUCUUUUGCCUCCAACCCUGUAUCUGUGACAGUGGACAACACUCUCAGCCCCUCUCACACACUUGUUCAAAUCCUCUGCCAGGAUCACAAAGGUCUCAUCUAUGAUAUCAUGAGAACACUAAAGGAUUACAAUAUUCAGGUUUCUUAUGGACGAUUCUUUGCAAGCUCAGAAGGGAGAUGUGAAUUAGAAUUAUUCACAAUGCAAGCAGAUGGGAAAAAGAUUAUUGACCCCAACAAGCAAAAUGCAUUGUGCUCUCGCCUGAGAAUGGAGCUCUUGCGUCCUCUUAGAGUGGCUGUGGUGAGCCGGGGCCCCGACACUGAGCUGCUGGUAGCCAACCCUGUAGAACUGUCCGGCAGGGGUCGCCCCCUUGUUUUCUAUGAUAUUACUCUUGCUCUCAAGAUUCUGAACACAAGCAUCUUUUCGGUUGAGAUAGGGAGGCACAUGAUCCGCGGUCGGGAGUGGGAAGUAUAUAGAAUCCUUCUCGAUGAAGGGGAUUGUUAUUCCUUGCCGAGGAAGAAGGUCGAAGAGGGUGUCAGAAAUAGAUUGAUGGGUUGGGUGUAGAAUUACAUAUGGUAUCUGGUUAUUGCUUCACCGUUACUGUACAGCAUACCUUCUUAGCCUUUUAAGUCUACUAAUGAGGUGCUAAGUGCUAAUUGGGUGCAAAUUGUAAAUCAAGAGAUGCAUUGUGCAAAGGGUGAGUCGUUUUUGCACCCUCCAUGUAAUUUAAGCUUGUAAUUAUGCCUUCCCAUUUCUGCCCUAAUUGCUUAAUUUUGUUCAUGA